UAGCACGACUCCAUCUUCUUUGUGUUGGUGGAAAAAUCCUCCAGAUGACUUGAGGCGAGGCUCGAACUGGAAGCAUGAUGCCCCGUGUUUGUACAACAAUAAACAUAAUGUUCACAAGGCUCGUCGUGUUCUGUUUCGUCCGUCAUGCAGCGCUGCUGUUUCAGCUCGUUGUCGUUCCCGCGCUACGGCCCCCGACCUCCGCGGCGAGCCAACAAGCCACAACUAGCCCAUCGUUUAGCGGUCGGGCUGGCGAAGAUGCUGAUGAACAUCAGAGCGUCUUUCUGCAGUCGGACGAAGAGCUGCGCGGGGGUCGUGGCACAAACGUUGAUCUUCCUGCCGGACAACAAGCAUCUCAGCAGCAUGGCGAGCUGCACAAGAGUCAUUUCUCUACCACUAGCACUAGUACUUCUGCAGUGUUGACAGGGGCUGCGGCUACAACUCAUCAUCUGGAAGAAGAUCAUGGUGCACGACACAGUAGCUUUCAACAUCAAACCCGGCUCACGAAGAACUCGAACUCCACCAUCGAAGCCGCAACCUCCGUCAAGGAUCGCCUCAAAGCCGGCUGCCACCCCCGGAACCUCGCGCCGGUGCUUUGCGGCAGUCUCUUAGCGUUGCAAGCGGCGAGCAACGGUCGGCUGGCCGAGGAGUCCGGGAACCCCCUGUUCGCGUCGCUCUGCAGCUCCGUCGUCGGUGGAACCGUGAUGCUGGCCUUGGGCGCGAUGUCGGCGGGAUCCGAUUGUGUGGUGAAGAAGUUGUUGUCGGUGUCGGGGAGGAACGCAGAACAAGAGGAAAGUAGUGCUCAGUCGGAAGAAAAGAACUCUCCAGAACCAGAUCAAGAUCCGGAACAACAAGGUGUGUCAAACGACGGCAAUGUUUCGCUCACAGCUCCACCCAGAAGUGAGGACACCUGUGCAGCAGCGCGGUCGAAAAAUCACCGCGGGAACGAGCACAGAGAGGAAGAUCCGCUCGCAGACGCGCGGGGCCUUGGCUUUGGGCAACAAGUGGUCGGCGUGUCGGAAGGUAACAGGCCACGGUGGAACUCGCACAACGUCGGAGUGGCGUCGUCAUCCGUGCCUCCUGUGGGAUCAUCUUGUUUGAAGGCCGCCGUGGUGCCUUCAGGUUUAGCUGAACCUGAACAAGUCGACGUUGCGCGUAGUGCACGACCUACCACCAGCACGGACAGCUCCCCCUCCUCCUGUCCCGGGCCACGGGACGUUUUAAACGCCUUAGCGAGCGUGGAGGAGGAGCAAAUGCAGGAUGCGCUGCUGCUGAGUAUCAACGCCGCCUGCUUGGAUUUUAUGGGCCAGGACGAGGUGGUUGACGAGCAUUCCAGGACGGUGCGGCAACAGAUUGCGUACGAGCCUAUCGAGGAAGGUGCAGCCGGGUUUGAAGACCAGUACAACUCCAAUCCAGAAUCGGAUCUAAGCACCAGCGGCGAGGCUACAUGGAGCGAUAGUGGUGCUGGUUCCGGUUCGGCAGGCCGCGGCGGGCACUUGUUCCGGACUUCUUCUGCUUCGGGGGCAACAAGAAUAUUAACCGCGGACAAAGUCGCGAGAUGGAAUGUCGCGUGGGCCAUGGCGAGGGGGGAAGGCGACGAAGAGGCAGAGGGAGGUAAACAAUCCAACAGCGGUCCUCGUCGUGUACUACGAUCUGCAGUCGACGCAAACGCGAUGGACACAGACGAUCAAGAAGAACAAAGUGGAUCGGAAGCGAAUGACCAAGAAGAUGAUCGAGGGAAAUCGAAAUUGGUCGAAAUUGAAGAGAACUACGUAGGGAAGCUGCCUGGGCUGCCUGGACCACGACCGUCGGAAUUGCCAGCCGCUUGUUAUUCUGGCGCAACACAAGUUCUUGACGAAACCUCCACAAGAAGGCUGCCUGAUCCGGAACAGCAGCGAUUACACUCUAUCUUCGGAGACGAUGAUGAUCACGUGUUGAUGGGGCAGCACCACCACCACGACCGGAGCGGAGUCUCACCCCCGUCCACUUCACCAAACAGAGCAAGCCGCGCCACGGGCUGUACAACUAGCAGUUCCAGUAGCAGCGCACGGCCGCCUGCUCGGAUGUUCUCCACAGCCUCCCCACGAAUAACUGACUGGAUGCGGCAAAAGGCGCGUGGAGGUCUGAACAAGGAAGCAGACGGCGAAGGCCGUUUUAGAGCUACGACUUCCUAUGACAAGAAAUCCAAUUUUUCAUUUUCUCUCCACCCACGCCGGAAGCCUGCAAUCGACGACCCUUUUGGCGACGAUGCUGGAGGUGGGGACACGUCCGCGUCAGAUUUUGAAGGAACAACGGAAAUGAUCCUCAAUUUGGACGACGAUAGUCCUAGCAGAAGUGACUUCAACAACGUUGCGCCCGUGGUGCUCGGGAAACGCACUUCACCUAGACUGUCACACGAAAGCAACACGCAUGUUCUGAAGGGUGUUGCCCUUCGGAAAGCCGAUGGCGGGACAGAUGGUAAGACGCAACAAAUAAUUGGCCAGCACAAGAAGCGGCAUGGUGGGCAGCGUGAUGUAGUUGCAGAUGGCUUUGCCCUGGCGUCGGUGCACCAGCAACUGCAACAACAGGGCGAUUUUGCUUCUACGAGCAAUAAAGAACAAGAAACAACCACCACCCCGAGCAAAAGCGCGAACCGCAGACGACCGUUUAAUUUUUUCCCGCCAACAUCUUCUUCCUCCGCUCGUCAGGCAGCGCAGCAGUUUCUCGAUUUGUUCCGAGCCAAGAGCACGAAGCAGCUGCAAGCGGCAAGAAAGCUUUUCUACGAGCUGAAACACACGAAAAACAAGAGGAAAAAGCUCUGGUUCCUCCGCCGGUUCCUGUCCCGCCUGGUGCUCGGCGGCCCGGUCGCCGCCAGUGCGGUGGCGCUCGCCUGCAUGGCCGUACCGAAAACGGGCGUUUUGAGCUACACCAUGGCCUGGAUUGUUGGGCAGAUGUUCGUGUCCGCAGCCGUGGACCACCGGGGGAGCAUGGGCAUCAAGCGGAAAAUGACGGGAAAAAAGUGCCUCGCCUCCCUCCUCGCCCCCGUCGGCCUGUUAGUGGCCGCCGCGGGGCAAACGGGAACUCGCUCCCCAGCAGGAGAAACAGAUCAGAGUCAGUUGGAAGCACUGGUGAAGGUUUUAAUCCCCUCGAACGACAAAGCGCUCUACCUUCUCGCGGCGAUGUUGAGUGGCGGCUUGAUGCCGGUCGCUCGCGUCUCUCUCGUGCAGUUGAACGCGCUCUUACCGAACCGCAUGCUAACAACCGGGGGGAUUGCGUAUGUGUCCGGUGCGUUGGCGCAAUUUCUAUUCCUUGUGAUACUGUCCAAACCAUUGGGUUUGACGACAGCGAGCGAACUCUUCGAUGGUUUGUUCGACGGGAAUGACGAUCCAUCAUCCGACUUUGGUUUUGCUAGCACGGCGGGAACUACUAGCGCAACAAAUUUCACGACUUCUACUAUUGCACCAACAGCAGCUGCACAGCUUGCCGUAGAAGCUUCCUCGUUCAGUAGCAGCAAAAGCCUAGAAGCACUUCUCGUCCGCCUGCCGCUGAUUACCUGGUGUGGCGGCUUCGUGGGCGCGGUGCAGUUUUUUUCUAUUCUACUCUUCCAGAAGAAGAUCGGCGCUUUGCGGUACUUUCUCCUCGUGUUGCUCGGACAACUGUCCACCAGUCUGCCUUAUAGAUUGCAAAAAUGUGUGGGUCUGAAAGAAUACAAACUUGUGAUGCGCAUUUCAGAACACAGAAAAAUCUCUCAUGCAUAGGUAGCAAAAGCUGCCCACAUUCUGUCCCCAAAGCGGGGGAUUUGUCAUGCGGAUUCGGCAUUGCGGAAGCUUCUCGAAACCUGUGAUGCUAGAGCUUCCAUGCCAGACCUUCUGCGUCAUGCAAAAAUAGCACGACUCUUCUAGACACAGACAUUUUUGCAUUUGAUAUGCCUCUGGACCACUACGGACUGCUGGGCUUCGAAAGACGCGAGGUCACAGCGUAUCCGGUGGCGGGGGUGGUGUUGGUGUUGCUGAGUGUGCUGUUCAACCAAGCGCUGUGAAGAUCCUGAACUAGGGCCAGUUGCAAUCCAUCGUGGUUCUGGUUGUCUGCAGCUUGAACCCAAAACGCCAACUCCAUAUCCUUGUACCAGCACCAGCUGUGCAUUUUGAGAAUAAAGUCUGCACAAAAAUAGAUUUUGAAUUGCCUGAAUUUUGCUUUUCAUUUCGUUUUGAGCACCAGGUUUGCUUUUUGAUGAAGAAGAUCUGCAACUUUUUGGGAACAUGAACAACCGAUUGCGGUACUAAAAUAGGGAGAACAUAUACAAGAACAUGGCAUGAGCGCAAAUAACAGCAAUAGCAUCGUGAUUGGUGUUUUUGGUCUAGAUGAGAGCAAAACUGCGAAACCCACCACGACCGAGCGCAACCCACCGCAACCCACCGCAACCCACCGCAACCCACCGCAACCCACCGCAACCCACCGCAACCCACCGCAACCCACCGCAACCCUCCGCAACCCUCCGCAACCCUCCGCAACCCUCCACAACCCUCCACAACCCUCCACAACCCUCCACAACCCUCCGCAACCCUCCGCAACCCUCCGCAACCCCCCACAACCCUCCGCAACCCUCCGCAACCCUCCUCCCCCCGCUCCGCUGGUGCUUCCUUACCCCCCCCCGCUUCUUAUGUGUGAUCUGCCAUGUGUGCAGUGGCUUUGUUUUCUUUUUUUGGGAGAAUGAAAAAAGUAUAAAGCAGGAGCCCUCCGGAACCCCCCUCCCCCCGCAACGCUGGUGCUUCCUUACUCCCCCCGCUUCUUAUAUGUGAUCUGCUAUGUAUAUAGUAGCUUUGUUUUCCUUUUUUGAAAGAAUGAAAAAAAGUAUAAAGCAUAAGCCCGCUGCAACCCUCCUCGCCCCCACCGCUCCGCUGGUGUUUCCUUACUCCCCCCGCUUGUUACAUGUGAUCUGCUAUGUAUGUAGUUAGCCUUGCUGUCUUUUUUUGAAAGAAAAAGAAUGAGAAAAAGUAUAACGCGCAAAGUAAAUUAUGAGGCUGCAGCGAUCGGUUGCGUUGGUUAUGGCUUCUGGAUCUACCCAGAUCGCUGCAGCCCCAUAGCGCCCUUCCUUGUUAUGUUGUAUACUUUCUUUCAUUCAGCAGAGUUGCCAUUAGCAUAGCGCGCCACAUAUAACAAGUGAGGGGAGUAAGUAAGGAAACACCAGAGGAGCGGGGGGAGGAGGGUUGCGGCGGGUUGUGGAGGGUUGUGGUGGGUUGUGGAGGGUUGCGGCGGGUUGCGCUGGUUUCUGGAUCUACCCAGAUCGCUGCAGCCUCGACACUGUAUGCUUGUGCUUUGUGCUUUUUUUCGUUCUUAAAAAAAAAAGGAAAAAGCACGACUAUAUACAUAGCGCAUCACAUAGAACAAGGGGGGGAGUAAGGAAACACCAGGGGAGCGGAGGGAGGGGGGUUGUGGAGGGUUGCGGGGGGUUGCGCUGGUUUCUGGUUCUACGUCUACCCAGAUCAUGGCAGCCUCAUCGCUUACUUAUGCUCUAUACUUCUUUUUAGAUAUUCUUUCAAAAAAAGAUGAAAAAGCCUCUAUAUACAUAGCAGACCACAUACAACAAGCGGAGAGAGUAAGGAAACACCAGGGGAGCGGGGGGAGGAGGGUUGCGGAGGGUUAUGGAGGGUUGCGGAGGGUUGCGGAGGGUUGAUGUGGUGGAUUGCAGAUUUCUGGCGUGUAUUCUAGUACUUUCUUUUUUUUUUAUUCGUUCAAAAAAAAAAAAACAAAGCUACUAUACACGUAGCAGAUCACAUAUAACAAGCGGGGGGAGUAUGGAAACACCAGGGAGCGGGGGGAGGAGCGGGGGUUGCGGUGGGUUGCGGUGGAUUGCAGAUUUAUGGUGUGCAUUAUAGUGCUACUUUAUUUUUUUUCAUUCUUUAAAAAAAAAAAUAAAAAACAAAGCGGAGGGUUGCGGUGGGUUGUAGAUUUAUGGUGUGUAUUAUAGUACUACUUUACUUUUUUUAAUGUUGUUAUACUAAUAUAUAUUAGAUUAUAAUAUAAUACUAUUAUAUAUUCUACUAAUAUAAUAGCACUAAUAAAAUACUAGUAGUGCUAGUAUGUGUAUGCAUAUAUGCGGGGGGGGAAGAGGUUCGCCCGGGCGCGGAAUUCGGCUUUUUGCCUUUUUUCUCAAAAUUGAGGAACACGCCGGGGAUCCAAUUCGUUGCAGUUCUUGCACAAGUAGGAAAAAAAUGCAAAUCACGAUGCUACUGCUGCUAUUUGCUCUCAUACCAAGAACAUGGGAUAAUUGAUUGAGUGCAUGCUGUAAACCGGA